AAAUUCAUCGUAAUUAACAUUUUGAUGUGAGGCUUAGCAGCAUGUUAAUGGGCUGAUAAGCCCACAAAACUCUUCAUUUUGAUGGCAAUCGUAAAGACGAGAAAAAAUAGCAGCAACAAUAGCACACACACAGCACUGCAUAUAGGGGUUAGGUGUUGCAGCACACGUCACCCGAGGCAGUUUUUCCGGAUUGUUGGAAAACCUGAACGUGAACGUGAACAUCGCUCUCUUUCCCCGAUUUCCUUUCAUUCCAUCCAAACAAUUUCUCUCUAACAAUAUUUCCAGAUUUUCCAGUUUCAGGUUCAAUUUUUAAAUGGCUAAAAUUGGUAAGAUGCAGUGCAAGUCCCGAUCUCAAGGUCACAGGGAAACCCCAUAUCUUUUAUCUUGUGCAAGGAAGAAAAUGAAAAACGUCAAGAGUUUUUCAAAAGAGGUAGAAAAGAAAGACUGGAAAGGGGCUACCUGUUCAGUCUGUAUGGAGGUUCCUCACAAUGCUAUCCUACUCCUCUGUUCAUCUUAUAACAAGGGUUGUCGCCCUUAUAUGUGUGCUACUAGCCAUCGCUAUUCUAACUGUUUUGAACAAUAUAAAAAGGCUUACACAAAAGCAACUUCUGUUCAGAAUCCGCAGGAAGAAACAGACUAUUCGAAUUUUGAUUCUAGUGCGGGUGAACGUAAAGAUGAUACAAAAGUUCCUGAGCUUCUUUGUCCCCUUUGCCGCCGGCAGGUGAAAGGUUGGACUGUAGUUGAAGCAGCCCGGAAGUCACUGAAUGCCAAGAAAAGAAGUUGUAUGCAAGAUGACUGCUCUUUUGUGGGGAGUUACAAGGAGCUCAGGAAACAUGUUAGAUCUAAGCAUCCAUUUUCGCGACCACGAGAAGUGGACCCUGUACGUCAAGAAAAAUGGAAAAGACUUGAGUGUGAAAGAGAACGGAGUGAUGUGAUCAGCACAAUUUUGUCUUCAACGCCAGGGGCUAUGGUACUGGGGGAUUAUGUGCUUGAGCCAAAUGAUCACGCGUUUUACAGUGACGAGACUGAUUCUGAUUCUGAUGAUGAAUUUCAUGAGGAUGAUGGUGAUUUCUUUGGUUCACUUGGUUUGGGCAGUACUCGCAGGUUUUUGUCAAAUAUCAGGUAUAAUAAUCAGGGCCGUGUUGCAGAUCCUUUUGAUGAUCAUUUUGGUUUUCGGAGUGUUGCACCUACAGGUUCUGGACGUGGACUCCACAGGCUACUCUUGGGAAGGUCUAGAAGAGGACGGAGGCAUAGGAUAGUGAAUGCGGGCCGCCGGUAAAUUAAGAGAACUACAGAAAUGUGGGGAAGGAGACACUCUUCAAUAGUACAUCAAUGACCUCGGCAUGGCUUGUUUUGUUGCUAUGCAAGAGCAUUAUUUUAUUUAAUUGGGAGAGUAAAGCGGUGGGCCCACUUUCUAGCUAUGUACCAUCCUCAUCCUAACUUAUAGAUUGAUAUGGUAUUUGUUAUUUUCCAUCUUUUCAGUUUUCAAAUAGACUGUACAAAAGGCAAUUUUAGAAUGCUCGUUGCCUCUCUUAUUUUUAGGUUUAGGAUAUUCAGGUCAUAAUUAUUGUCAUUGGGUCAUGCAAAUUGGUGAAUUAAACAGGUGAUUAGGGACAACGAGGAUGUCCCAAAUAAUUUCGUUUUGAAAUGAUGCAUUAUUCUUUCUAUGA